AUGUCACUGCUCGCCAGGCAGGCGAAGGAAGCCCUGAGGUCAUCGAUUCGUAGGAUUCAAGGGCCAUGUGCGUUUCCCUGCCUGAAUGGAGGACAGUGCAUUCAGUCAGAGUCAUGUGACUGCAGCUUGUAUCAGGCCACUGGACACAGAUGUCAGACAGUUCCAAACCCUGGCUUUGAGAGGGAGAUGACGUGUCGCACGUGGGGUCAGUACAACUUUGAGACCUUUGACGGCCUCUACUACCACUUCCCCGGUCGAUGCACGUACACUCUGCUGAGGGACUGUGAAGAAACCACCCAGGCCGGCAUUGUCGUCCAGGUCCACAAUGACCCAGGCUGCAGCUCUGCCCCUUACACCUGCCAAAGAUCUGUCAGUCUCUUCCUCCCGUGGGAGGGUGAAGUUCGGCUGCACGCCACCAAUGUGACCUUCAAGGGCCAAAGUUUGCAGCUGCCUCAUCACAUCCACGACCUGCAGCUAGAGCAGAUCUCCCAGUACGUUCUGGUGACGCAGCAGCACGGCUUCACGCUGGCGUGGGAGGGACGCAGCGGCUCCGUCUACAUCAAACUCAGCCCAGAGUUUGUGGGCAGAACCUGCGGCAUGUGUGGGAACUUCAACGCAGACGUCCAGGAUGACCUGAAGACGAGUUAUGGUGUGCUGACUCAUGAAAUAGAAAUGUUUGGGAACAGCUGGGUGGAGGCAGAGCCUCAUCAGACCCGAUGUCCCAUGGUGUCCUCUGGCUUCCCUUCACCCUGUGCUGCUGUCGAAGCUCAUGUCCUGCUGAAAGUGGAGGAGGUGUGUGCAAUGCUGCUGGAUCCGCCAUUUCAGAGCUGCCACGACUUUGUCAGCCCGCUGUCCUACAUGGCCAGCUGCUCCAACGACCUCUGCAUGUCGGGUCCCAACGGUGAUGUGGUAUGCCAGGUGUUCAGUGAGUACGCCCGGGCCUGUGCCCAUGCUGACCACCCACUGCACGACUGGAGGCAGCGCAUUCCUCAGUGUGCGAAGCAGUGUCCCCUUGGUCUGCAGUACAGGGAAUGCAUCAGCUGCUGCCCGGAGACCUGCAACCUGGAGCGAACAUGCAUCGACAGCAAGCUGGCCUGCCUGGAUGGAUGCUACUGUCCUGAUGGUCUGAUCUACGAGGACGGAAGCUGUGUGACGCCUUCUGACUGUCCCUGCGAGUACCACGGCAUGUUUUAUCCAUCUGGUCAGAUGCUGCAGGAGGAAUGCAACAACUGCACAUGCGUGGGUGGAGUGUGGAACUGCACUGACUACAGCUGCCCAGGCGAGUGCUCGGUGACUGGAGAUAUGUAUUUCCAAUCCUUUGACGGGCGGAUCUACACCUUCCCUGCAACAUGUCAGUACGUCCUUGCCAAAAGUCACAACUCAGGGAAGUUCACAGUCACCAUGCAGAACGCCCCCUGUGGAGCCAAUUUGGACGGGGCCUGCAUCCAAUCAGUUAACUUGGUUAUUGACGAGGAUCCAAGAACGGAGAUUACACUGAGCCACGUUGGCGAGGUCUUCAUGGCCGGACAGUACCGCAUCUCCCUGCCCUAUUCUGACGACCUCUUCCACAUCCAGGAGCUGUCGUCCAUGUUCCUCCAGGUGAAGACGGCGUUCGGCCUGCGCCUGCAGUACAGCUGGAAGGAGUUUCGCCUCUACCUGCAGGCUGAGGAGCUGUGGAAGGACGACACGGUGGGCCUGUGCGGCACCUUCAACGGCAACAUUCAAGAUGACUUCCUAUCUCCAUCAGGUAUGAUAGAAAGCACUCCUCAGCUGUUUGGAAAUGCCUGGAGAGUCUCGUCAGCAUGUUCGACCAGCCUGAGCACGCCUCAGCUCGACCCCUGUGACACACACCAGCAGGCCGUGACCUAUGCCUCAGAGAUGUGUGACAUACUGAACCAGGAUCUGUUCUCUGCCUGCCACGAGUACCUCAGUCCGACAACCUUCCAUCAGCAGUGCCGCUCAGACACCUGUAAGUGCGGGACGCCUUGCCUCUGCUCUGCACUGGCCCACUAUGCUCGCCACUGCCGCAGAUUCUCCAUCAUCGUUGACUUUCGAUCGCAGAUACCUGACUGUGCGGUCACCUGUCCUGCCACCAUGCAGUACGGCACCUGCGUCUCGUCCUGCCAGCGCCGUUGCUCCGCCCUCUCUGUCCCGCAGCACUGUGGGGAGGAGUGUGAGGAGGGCUGCGUCUGCCCUCAGGAGACCUUCUACAACCAUCGAACACACACCUGUGUGCACAGGAGUGAGUGUCCCUGCAGCUUCCUUGGAGCAGAUUACGAACCAGGAGAUGUGAUCAUGACUUCAGCAGGUGUUCAAUUGUGUCUGAACGGUAAACUGGUGUCUCAAACAACACACAGUGACAUGUUGUGUCCAGCUGGUCAGCUCUACCAGAACUGCUCAGAGGGGGACGAUGGCCUCAUGUCGGGAGGGGGUGUGGCCUGCGAGCGCACCUGUGAAUCCUACCUGCUGAACCUCACCUGCUCGACACACGAGCCCUGCGUGGCUGGAUGUACCUGCCCUCCUGGGUUGCUGAAACAUGGAGACGAGUGCUUUGAACCAGCAUCCUGUCCUUGUCUGUGGAAAGGGAAGGAGUAUUAUCCUGGUGACAGAGUCAACUCCCCCUGCCAUGAGUGUGUUUGCCAGCAUGGGACGUUCCAGUGUGUGUUUCAUCCGUGUCCAUCCAUGUGCAUGGCUUACGGAGAUCGCCACUACAGGACGUUUGAUGGACUGCUGUUUGACUAUGUGGGCGCAUGCAAAGUCUAUCUUGUAAAGAGCAGUGCUGAUGUGAUGCUCAGUGUAACAGCCGAAAACAUUGACUGCUUCGACAGCGGACUCAUCUGCAGGAAAUCUCUGCUGAUCAACAUCGGACGAUCCUUUGUAGUGUUCGAUGAUGACUCUGGGAAACCAAAUCCAUCCAGUGUGAUUGACAGGAAGCAGAGGAUGUUCAUCUGGCCGGCCGGGUACUACACAGUGGUUAAUUUUCCCGAGGAAGACGUCACCGUCCUCUGGGACCGUAAGACCACCAUUCACAUCCAGGUCGGACCUCGCUGGCAGGGGAAGCUAAGCGGGCUGUGCGGGAACUUUGACAUGAAGACAGUGAACGAGAUGCGGACUCCCGACAACAUCGACUCCCCGACGCCACAGGAGUUUGGAAACAGCUGGACUGCAGCAGAGUGUGUGAACAGUCCAGAUAUCAGACACCCCUGCAGCCUCAGUCCUCUCAGAGAGCCUUUUGCAAAGCGGCAGUGCGGCAUCCUGCUCAGUGAGGUCUUCCAGGCCUGCCACCCGGUGGUGGACGUAACCUGGUUCUACAUGAACUGCCUGGCAGACACGUGUGCCUGCAGUCGUGGAGGCGACUGCGAGUGUUUCUGCACCAGCGUGGCGGCAUACGCCCAGCGCUGCUGCCACCAGGGCGUUCCUGUCGACUGGCGCUCCCCAUCUCUGUGCCCAUAUGAUUGUGAAUACUACAACAAAGUUCUGGGUAAAGGUCCCUUCAGGCUCAUCACCUUCAGAGAUCGCACAACGCUGUUGGCAGCCAGCAGGUCCAGUGGCUCUGUGUUCCUGCAGCGGGGCAACCUCAGCGUCUACGCCGCCCCUCGAGUCCUCUCGCAGUUCAUGAUGACGCCAGGCCUCAGCAGAGCCCGCCCACAUGACACGUCACGGAUUUCCUUCGAGGCAGCCGACAGAUCGAACUACUUCCUGUACACGAGCCCCAGUGGUGAGGUGAAGCUGGCCAAGUGGGAGGACAGCGAGGCAUUCUGGGACGGCGCCACCUUCGUCCUCCACAGGAACACCUGGAUCCCCGGCUACGACUCGCUGGAGUCCCACGCAAAACCCGGCUUCUUCCUGCACGCCACGCUGGCCCGCCUCCACCUGCUCAAGUACAGACACACAGACAGCUUCCGCAAGGCCACGCUGUUCAGACUGACAGGCCCCAGCCCAGAUGCCCCGCCUGCUCCUCGCUGUCAGUGGAGGUACGAUUCCUGCGUCGUCCCCUGCUUCAAAACCUGCAGCAACCCGUCAGCUGAAGCCUGCGUCACCAUCCCACAAGUGGAGGGCUGCCUUCCUGUCUGCCCACCACACAUGGUUCUGGAUGAGAUCACCCAUCGCUGUGUCUAUAUUGAAGACUGCAUCAAGGUCCCAGUUGCUGUGCAGCCUGUAACACCGCCCACUGCUCUGCUGACCUCUGCAACUGUCACUACUUCAACAACUGCCUCCACCACCACCACCAGUGCAUCCUCCACCCCUCUCCACACUGGUCCCACCUCUAAAAUCACUACCACUACUCCUGCCGAGAGCACACACACAACCUUGUUUGAAGCUCCACCUGCUCCAGUGACUAUCCGUCCCGUAGUUCCUGAACCACCCAGAACACCAGGACCCCCAUCUCCUCCAGCAGUGCUUCCUCCUGACAGACCAGAGGUGGAGGAGCCACUGUCUACCGUCAGAGUGACUGAAGCCUCGACCACCACUGUGACAGGUACAACAGCAUGGACGACCAGAGCUGUGAGCUCCCCUACCAGCCCCUCCCGCCCCAGCACACCCAAGACGAGCAGCGCUCCGUAUGCCAUCACGGCUCUGUUCUGGGUCACCUCCUCCACCAAGCCCACCGAUCUUCUAUGGCCACCCUUCACCACCACUGCUUCAACCCUGCAGCCAUCUACCACUGUAGCACCAACCGCAAGCUCUGUCGAAGGGCCAACCACCAUCAGUAUCCCUCCUCCUGUUGUCGUGCAACCAACCAAAGAGACCACAGAGGCUACAACACAUUCAGUAGCAGUUACUCCAACUGUAACCACUUCUAGUCCAAGUCCUGCUCCAGUCUCAGAGACGUCUACAGUUACAGACAGGACCACUGCACCCAGUACAGCUACCACUGCUUACACAGUCACCACCACAAAGCUUGUCACAGUGGAGCGUCUUCCCACAACAACAACUACUACACCUGUCCCUCCUGGUUUACCAAGCACAGCCUCCACAACCUCCUCACCUCUCCCGGCUUCACCUCCUGUUGAAACAGAAACUGUAUCUUUGCCUGUAGUCACUUCAGCUACAACCACAGAAUCAGUCACACCACCUGCUCCUUUGAUCACCAGUAGAACAACACCAUAUGCAGGUCCAGAGACGACAACACCACCCGCUACCACUGAGAAGAUCCUACACACCACUCCUGCUGAACUGACAACUUCUACAACAACCAUUCCUGAGUUACCAACGUCAACCCCAAUCCUUGCUGCGCUGACUACAACUGCACCAUCUGCUCCAACCUCAGCUGCUUCAGACUGGGGAGCAACAACAACAAAGAAAGUGACUGUACUUGAAUCCACUGUGUCUGAAAUACCUGAAGCUACCACAACAACGGCUGCACCUCCACCGCUGAAGAUUACAGACAUCACAACUUCUCCUGUGUCCACCACUACGACCUAUGCUGAGAGAACCUCCUGGUCUGCUGCCGUCCCAACAGCAGAGACUUGGAGUACAACUUCAAGACCUCCAGAGGUUCCAGAAACAUCCACCAUGUCCACAGGUCCUCCUGCUACAACAAAACCAACUGUACCUCCAGAGUCUCCUACAGAAACUACUCCUGUACUACUCUUACCAACAACAGAGAGCUCCACCCAUCCUGCUACUACUGUGCGGACCUCCGAGCCUUGGCGUCCCCCCCAUUGGAAGACCUCCACCACCCCUGUCCACAGCCCCACAGUGAAGGCUACACCAGAGGUUACUUCUGAAACUCUUAUCCAUGAGUUCACUUCCACUACAACUACUGAAGUACCUCACGUUCCCAUGACGUCACAACCAGUUGUCACUUCUGCAACAUCAGCUGCUGCCACAGCCACCACCGCCAGAACCACAACGUCUCCUGAAGUCGUUACUGCAGAAAUUGCAGCCACCACAACCAGAAAACUAGCUACACCCCCAGGUCCACCUGCACCUGGUGUUCCCGAGACUCUUCUCACCACCACCUCUACAAGAGCUCCACCAGGUGUUGCCACCACCACUCUCAGACCUGUCAUUGUACAGCCGAUUACAGAGACGAGGCACCCUGUGACUGGCAGAGUGGAGGUGUCAACGAGAGCUACAACCACACCUCCUCCAUCUUUGUCUCCACUGCACACAACUACUACUUCCACCGCAGCUUCAACUAUCCAGGAAAAAGUCACCACCCGGCUGGUGUCCACUGCUAGAGCUACACCAGCGACAACAACUACCACCAUCACAAGGACGACCACCAUUAGAACGACACCCAGGGUCCCUGUGACAACAAGGGUUACCCCCAGAAUCACAACAACGGAGAGGUCAACCAGCAGGCCAGUUACUGCUAGGGUUACCAUAGCAACAAGGCCAGUAACCACCAGAUCCACUACUCUCAGCCCACCGAUUGCCACACCAAGCCCCGGCACAACAACCAUCUCAGGAGUGCCGUCUACAUCUGUCUCAACACCUGCAGAGUCGGUCACCACAGCCAGCACGACUGAACCCAUCCACACAACUACAGCGCUUCCCGUCCUGCCCCCCGUCACCACUCCACCGCCUGCUCCUACUCUAUCAACAGAACCUACAGCCGUCCCCAUAACAACGACCAUAGAGUCAGCCACAUCUGAGAAAACCAUGACAACCAAAGAGAGCGAUGUGUCACCAUCCACUUCCCAACCGGUGACACCUCCACCUGAUACUCACUGGAUAUCCACCCAGAAGCCUGAUAUUCCCACUCCUGCUACGACUUCACUCCCAGCAGCCACCUCGGUCCAAACUACUGAGCAAGACAGAGUCGAUCAUACCAGUCCAGGUGCAGUGAUGCCCCCUGAACCGGCGUCACCUUACACACCUUUAGAAACGACCAGACACACAGCAGAGGGGACGACAUCUGUGGCUGUAUCACCCACAAGGAUGUGCACACCUCCGUAUGCAGAGAUCGUGGAUGAGUGCACAAAGUACAUCUGCGUCAACAACCAGCUUGUUCUGUUCAACAAAUCUCAAAGCUGCCCCUUCACUGCCGACCCUCCCAACUGCGGCCUGCUUGGCUUUGCUGUACUGGUCAAUGGAGACAAGUGCUGCCCAAAGUGGGGCUGUCCAUGUCGCUGCUCAAUGUUUCCGGAUCUGAAUGUGAUCACAUUUGAUGGGAACAGUGUUGCCAUUUACAAGGCUGCCUCAUACAUAGUGACCCAGCUGCCCAAUGAGACCGUCAGCGUCCUGGUUCAGGAGUGUCCUGCUGAUUCAGAGUCACCACUCCUCUGGAAUUUCACCAACCUCUGUCUGGUGGCUCUCAACAUCACCCACAAAUCCAACCACAUCCUCAUCAACAGACUGCAGAGGAGGCUCUAUGUCAACUCACGGUACGCCAAGCCUCGAUUCAAAAAGUUUGGCUUUGAAAUCUACGACACAGGCAACAUGUACCUGAUCCGCAGCCCGACUGGUCUCAAGCUUCAGUGGUACCACAGCACCGGCAUGAUGGUGAUCGACAGCGACAGCUCCAGCCCCAAGCUUCACACCAUGGGCCUCUGUGGUUUCUGUGAUGGAGACCCAACAAACGACCUGACUCUGGCCAACGGCACCACAGUGGGCGUGAGCGAGGAUCCAGCUAUCUUCAUUGACAGCUGGCAGGUUCCCAACACCACCAGCUACAUCAGCCACAGCCGCCGCCGCGAGCUCAACUGCUCCACAAGCGACUGCUCCAGCUGCCUGGUCAUGCUGGAGAACAUCGCCUUCUCUCCCUGCCACGCCUUUGUCCCACCAAGCACCUUCUGUGAGGUUUGGGUUCGAGAUGCAGAGUAUGUCAACAACCAGUGUGUGGCGCUGGCUGCCUAUGUGGCUUCCUGCCAUAAAUUCAACAUCUGCAUUGAGUGGAGGAGUCCAGAUUACUGCCCCUUCCUGUGUCCCGACACUCUGCGGUAUCAGGCCUGUCUGCCCGCCUGCACGUCUCAGUCCUGCCCCAACCACGACUUCGACUCGGACCCUGACCAGUGUUCAGGCCUGACUGAGGGCUGCGUGUGCCCCGAGGGAACGCUGCUCCACCGGCCUUACUCCGCCCUCUGCAUCUCACCUGAGAAGUGUGCCUGCACUGACAGCUCGGGCAUUCCUCGUGCACACGGCGAGGUGUGGAAAGCCUCAAAGGACGCCUGCUGCAUGUACCGCUGCGACAACGACACCAUCGUUCCUGUAGAGUACAACUGCUCCAACAUGGCGGUGCCGGUGUGCCGUCGAUCAGGGGAGGUGGUCAUCAGCCUGGCCGACGACACCAGCUGCUGCCCACAGAAAGUCUGCGUGUGUAACCAGAGCCUGUGUGACCUGCUCCCUCCUGAGUGUAAAUACGGGGAGAAGCUGGUGUCGUACUACAGACACGACUCCUGCUGUCCGGACUACGUGUGUGAGUGUGAUCCUGAACACUGUGAGUCGGAUGUCCCUGCCUGCAGAGAGGACCAGACUCUGAUCGCCACCAGAGCUGAAGGCAGCUGCUGUCUCGCUCACAUCUGCAUGUGUUCUUCCUGUGUGGAGACGCCUCCUGUCUGCCAGGACGGCGAGGUGCUGACAGUGGACAGUAACACCACGGAUCGCUGCUGCCCCGCCUACCACUGUGUGUGUGAGCCGUACAGGUGUCCUCAGGUCAGUUGUCCUGUUGGGAUGUCGGUGGUGUCUGUUUCCAGUCCCAGUCGCUGCUGUCCGAACCAAACAUGUGAGUGUUCCUGUGAAAAGAUUGCAUCUCCAAAAUGUGGCCUGGGAGAGGCCGCCCAGCUGGACCGGGCCUUCCUGUCCGACCCACAGAACCAGUGUGCCUGCAAGAGAUACAAGUGUGUGCGCGAGGCAGUGUGUGUGUUUGGUGAGCGCGGUGUGCUGCGGCCAGGUCAGACUCUUGUGGAACACCAUGACGACGGCUUGUGUCACAGCAGGCAGUGCAGCCGCAGCCUCGACCCGGCGAGCGGCUUCCACCUACUGCGCACCAGCAGCAUCAACUGCUCCUCCCACUGCCAACCAAAUCAGAUCUACAUCCCUCCGAAGGACCAGACAACGUGCUGCGGUGUUUGUAAGAAUAUUUCCUGCCUCUAUGAACAUGAGAACGGGACAACACUUCUCUACAAGCCAGGGAAGUCCUGGGUGUCAAACUGCAUGAAGUUCGACUGCACGGACACUUUGUCCGGACCGACGCUCAUCUCCUACUCCUUCAGCUGCCCACCAUUCAACGAGACAGAGUGUAUGAAGAUCGGAGGAACCAUCGUAAGUUACAUGGACGGGUGCUGCAAGACAUGCAAAGAAGACGGGAAGUCGUGUCAGAAGGUGACGGUGAGGAUGACAAUCAGAAAGAACGACUGUCGCAGCAACAGGCCGGUAAACAUUGUGUCAUGUGAUGGGAAGUGUCCUUCUGCCAGCAUCUACAACUACAACAUCAACACGUACGCUCGCUUCUGCAAGUGCUGCAGGGAGACGGGGCUGCAGCGGCGUGCCGUGCAGCUCUACUGCAGCGGCAACGCCACCUGGGUCAGCUACACCAUCCAGGAGCCCACGGACUGCUCCUGCCAGUGGUCCUAAAGACACACAUUCUACACACACAUCAACACACACAUAUGGUGUUCAAUCUACAUACUCUAAAACCACAAGACAAAAGAAGAAGAUGACACCUCAGCCAUGUUGCUUUAGGAUGUUGAUAGAGUGGAAUACUGUGCUGUGAUUGGCAGGACUGCAUGACUCACACUCUCGAUCUUUCAGGUAGUCGUCCUGCUGCCUCUGCUGGCAGGGAGGUGGUACUGCAGAGCAGCUGCAAACUACAGGGCACUGAAGGUGACCUUUGAACUCUGAUAUUUACCUUACCAGGUAAGAAAAAAACGUGUCACAAAAAGAGGACAGUGUCUUUUUUAGUCAAGAUCAUUAAGAUUAGAUCAAAACAGAGGUAGUGUAUUGGAGCUGUUUCAUGGCUGUUCUGUUAAUAACAGGUAUCAAUGAUACAUAACCUCCCUUAAAAAACCCUGCAGAGUAAACUCUCUACUUUACUGCACUGCCACCUCCCUGUCAAGUUACAGAGAAAAAGUUCAGCAAAGGAAAAAGUAAGUUGAUCUUCUGUUUUUAAAUGAGAACUAAUUUCUCUGCUUGUCUCGUCAGAGCACUUCUGUGCUGUCUGACUGUAAAGGAGAAUGUUUUAGGCGAUAUAUUAAAAAGGUUUUAAAAGAGGGUGUGACACAUAUAAUCAGGAGAUGAGCCCUGAGAUGUACCUGCGAACACCUUCUCAGCUCUGUUCAUCAUCAUCAUUUGAGAUCAUAUUUUCCCAGAAUUCCUUAUGUUGUGCCUUGUUUUUUGUAAAUAACUCCUAACUUUUUAAAAUGAUUUGCAAUAUCAAAUUCUUAGAUAUUUCACUUUUAGACAGACAACAAUAAACUGUAUAUUCAGUGAUGUUAAAUAUACUUGAUAUAAUCAACACUAGUGAGGUGUAUUAACUGAUUUAAAUCCAGCUGUACGUGGAGCACUUUAUUUAUUUAUUGGAGUUUGAUAGAGCACAGCCGUUCUGAUUUUUUAUGGACGACAACACGGAGAGAGGAGAAAAAUUUGGCCAAACUAAAGAACAAACAAACCGAACAGGAUCCAAAUUUUUGAUUGGCUUUAAUCCCGAUUACAGACAGACAAAUAUUAGAAGAGCAUGGUAUUGGUUGUAGAUGGAUGUUUCUCUGUGAACUAAAUUUGUAAUGCGUUUGUUCAUAUCAAACAGACCCACUGGGAUAGUUGAG